AAUGGUGACUGUCGCUGUCAUUCUGCCUAGCAUUUGCUUUUUUUGAGGACUAUUCAGUGAACGCAAGGCUUCGUUUACUUUUUUACUGUUUUAACAACGGAUACAGUGUGUCAUAAAAAAUACUGUACAUUACAGCGGGGUGUGAAAGUGAGCGCUAGUAGGAUGGAUCAAUAAAAGAAGCGACCCAUACGGACGCCAUAUUGACCAAAACAAAAUGGCAGAACAAGAGAAUAGUUGACAAAGUCUGCAGGCUUUCGUUGACGGAUGCCUUCUCGUGACACGAUAAAAUCCGCAACAACGACUAUUAGAUCUGCUCCGGUGCUCGCGGAUGUUUGCUGACGUAAUGACGUAAUGUCUCCUCCUUUCUAGCGGUGUUCACUCUUCUGAAUUACUAUGAUCAAGUUCCUACUUAUGGUCAACAAACAGGGGCAGACUCGCCUGUCCAAGUAUUUUGAACAAGUGGAGCUUGGGAAGAGAGCAGCUCUGGAAGCUGAUGUGGUCCGGGGAUGCCUCGCGCGGAGGAAGGAAGAGUGUUCAUUUGUGGAGUACAAGGACUACAAACUGGUGUAUCGACAGUACGCAGCACUUCUCAUAGUUGUUGGCGUCACUGAAAAUGAGAAUGAACUCUCAAUCUAUGAGCUUGUGCAUAACUUUGUGGAAGUGUUGGACAAGUAUUUCAGUCGUGUGAGUGAGCUGGAUAUCAUGUUCAAUUUAGAUAAAGUACACAUUAUACUUGAUGAAAUGAUCCUGAAUGGACACAUUGUGGAGACAAAUAAGAACAGGAUACUGGCACCACUACUGGCCCUGGACAAGAUGACUGAAAGCUGAUUCAAUGCAAAUGAGAUCGCAUUAAUCUUCUGUUCCAAAUGAUAAAUAAAUGUUUUUCACUAGUCUAAA